UGAGACAGAAGAUGGAUACAUCCUUACAAGUCUUCCGAAUACCUCAUGGAAGAUAUAAUGGUGCAAGCAAAGGCUCACGGCCUUCCGUGUUUUUGCAACAUGCUGUACUUGGAGACGCUUCUCACUGGAUUUCAAAUGAACCCAACAACAGUUUGGGUUUCAUCUUAGCAGAUGCUGGCUAUGAUGUGUGGCUUGGGAACAGCAGAGGCAACACCUACUCUUCAAAUCAUAAGACCUUGAAAACCCAUGAGCAGAAGUUCUGGGAAUUUAGUUUUCAUGAGAUGGGAUAUUAUGACAUUCCUGCCAUCAUAGACUUCAUCUUGAAGAAAACUGCCCAGGAACAACUAUAUUUUAUAGGCCAUUCUGAAGGCUCAACAGUAGGUCUCAUAGCAUUUUCUACUUAUCCAAAACUGACUGAAAGAAUCAAAGUUUUUUUUGCCCUGGCACCUGUAACCACCGUAACAUUUGCUAGAACCCCCUUCACAAAACUGGCUAAGCUUUCUGAAAAAAUGUUUCGUAUCAUAUUCGGAAACAAAGGACUUUUUCAGUACCCUACAUAUCUAAGAAAGGCAGCCACUGCAUUGUGUACUCAUCACCCUCAAUUUUGUACCAACGUUCUAUUUUUCAUAUCAGGAUAUAACCCCCCCAAUUUAAACAUGAGCCGGCUUGAUAUGUAUAUAGCACAUAAUCCCGCAGGAACAUCUGUACAGAAUGGUCUUCAUUGGCGCCAGACAACACCUUUAAUCUACAAACUAGAAGAUAUAAAAAUCCCCCUUGCCAUGUGGACUGGUGGGCAAGAUUUCUUUGCAGAUUCAAGAGAUAUAGCAAUGUUGUCCUCACGGAUAAGUAACCUUAUUUAUCAAAAGCAUAUUCCUGAAUGGCAACAUCUAGAUUUUGUAUGGGGGCUUGAUGCACCAGAGAAAAUGUACAUGGAGAUCAUUGACAUUAUGAAGGCAUAUCUAUAAUUCCAAUAAGAACUGUUAAGAAGUUUUCAUCAAUAACUACAUGUACACAGAAAUGAAAAGUGUAUAAUACUACACAAUAUUAUUUUAAAACCAAAGUGAAUUAGACCUCAUUUACGUAAUGAAUAAAU